AUGGCGGGUGUAGGCGAGCAGCCUCAAGAUGUAUCAGGGCCCCGAGCAAUGGUGGUGGGGCCCAGUGCGCCAGUGCCAGGACCGGAGGGGCAGAUCAGCCAUAUUGAGUCGGCCGUGACGCGUCUUCUUGUCGCGACCAAGAUGCUACUGGAAUCACUAACGCACUGGUCGCAAGGCAAAGAGACGGAAACCAAUGUCUCUCAGAUCUAUGUACGACUCGGCAACGACUUCAAUGCGGCUCUCUCGUCGUUUCUCAGUGUGCAUAUCGACAUGGCGGAUCUGUAUUCGGUGCCAGCCGACUUACGGCGGUGCUUGGAAGCAUGCUUAUCCGAGCCUGCCUCACCAGAAGCGCUUGAGCGUCAUUUGCCGAGCAUUCGCGAGAUUAUUAUUCGGCUCCUGCAAGGUCUCAAAGCCAAGCAAACGCUCUACCGACAACGCCAGGCAGAGGCCGCGUUGACGGCGCCUGUGCCCGUGCCAGUACCUGUCGCGGUGGGCACAGGCACAGAAACGUCAGCGGCGACAAGUACGUUCCCGAAACGACGGCCAUUGCCGCCACCAGGGCCCAGCGGCCCACCGUCGUCGAGGCCCACCAGUCUUCUGAUGUCGUCAGCGCCGAUUACCGAGCCACCAGCGACGCCGAGUCAUGCGGGUACGAAUCCAUCGUCGGCGCGGUCCUCACCGACCAAGUUCGGGAGUGUCGCAAGUACCAACGAUCCUCAAGCGAGCUUGCGUCGGAGUGAUGCCCUGGAGCGACGUGCAAGUAAGCGCUUUAGUGCGUAUGCCUUCAACAAGAUGGGGGCAGGUUCCGGCUUGCUAGCCGCGCUGGGUACCACGACGCCGUCCGUGAGUCCGCGUGGAGCUGAGCGUCUUACUCCGCAGAGUACGUUGCCGCGUGUUCAGGAACAAACGACCGGCGCACGAGCGAUCCCGACACCGGCAGAGACGCCGACACGCGCACCCACGCAGGCAGCCAUGGCGACGAGCGCGUCGGAGAUGGCAUCGACAGACAAGGCCUUGCCGGACAUUGUAUCAUCGCCCACGACGAUGCCGCUGUUCUUCCAAGUCCACGACCAUGUGCACAAAGUCUCUGUCCCGAUCGAUGUAUCUAUGGAGGACCGAGGAUUGAGUCUCGCACAGCUACGUAUGAUAUUUGUCCACCAAUUUUCCCAUGCCGUGGAAUUGGAUCAAAUUCCCGACGUAUACAUUAAGGAUCCUACGACAGGCGUCGCCUACCUGCUGGAGAACAUGGACGACGUGCAGCCCAGGAGCGUCUUGCUGCUACGUGCCUUGCCGAAGGCCAAGACGCCGGAAUCGAACGGCAUCACGCAGCUCCGAGAGGACAUCACCACAGCGUUGCAGAGUGUUAUGCACGAAAUCCACACAUUGAAGGCGAUGUACGCCACGACGCCGCGCAAGGACAGUGCCGUGGGCACGCCCAUUCUCGACGCUGAUUUCCAACGAGCUGGGGACCGUUUGAUGCACUUGGCAGCGACGGCACACCCCGACGUGUCUACGGGCGACACGUCGGGGGCGUCGCAGCGCAGCGCCGCGUAUGCCCAUGAGCUCAAACGGCAGUACGAGGCACUGCAGCAUCUACGCAACGAUUUUGCUGUGCUGCGACAGGUCCAGGACGAGAGCGAGCAGGAUAUGCGGCAAGUGUUUGCACAGGUGCGUGAGCAAGUCCAUGCAAUGCAUGAUGUCGUAGCCCUUGGCCCUUCGGCGGGGCGCAACCUGGUCGAGUCAGGCAAGACGCAGCUCGAUGCCAAGUCGCAAGCGGUGUUGACGAGUGUGGAGGAUCUGCAGGAUGUGAUUGAAGACUUGAAGUUGGACGUGGGCCACCGCGGCGUGAAGCCCAAACCGAUGGAACUGCGUCGGAUUCAGCAGGAGAUUGCACAGGCGACGCAGCGUUUGCACGACUUGGAAGAGUACAUGGACUCGGUUCGCCCCUCGUGGAAACGUACAUGGGAAAGCGAGCUGCAGACCAUUGUGGACGAGCAAGAGUUUUUGCACUACCAAGAGGGCCUCCUUGCCGACUUGAAGCAGGAUCAUACCGCGCUGCAGGGCGUGUUUGCCAGCAUCCAGCAAGUUGUACGGCUUCGUGAUCAGGGGCCAUCGCGUACCGCUGACGAGCCGGCGAAGGCCCCGCGAUACGUCCCACCGCCGCCAGACGAAGAGCACCAGGGCCUGCAUACGGUCAUGGUGGAAGUGCGUGGGCAGUCGAUUGACCAUGAACGACGCUUGCGCGCGUUGCAGGCAGCGGAGCGAGCGCGCGAAAAGGCCAAAACGGCACGCACAGACGAAUUCAUGCAGGAAAUCGCCGAGUUCGCAGAUACCAAGGGCCUGCGCCGCACAGGUGGCCAUCUCGAGGCCGAGCGGAUCCGGCAAAAACGCGAUCAGACGACGUUACGGGCUAUGUGGGAUGCGUAA